AUUUUCAAUGAUUCUUUAAAUCAAAGCGUUCAGCUUCCUUAAUGAAAAUGAUAUGUAUUUGAAAUUGAAGCAAAUAUUUAUAUAUAAUUCCAGAUAUGGCCGCAGGAUUCCCUUCUUAGGAGCUGUAUUCUUGCAACUAAUAUCGGGUGUAACGACGGCAUACUCCGUGAACUGGUACAUGUUCACUACACUACGAUUCCUUCUCGCCGUCGCUACUGGAGGCACAAUGGUUACUAGCUUCGUUUUGACGAUGGAAUUGAUCGGCGCCAAAUAUAGAGACACCGUUGGCAUAAUCUAUCAAAUACCAUUCAACCUUGGGCAUUUGACGCUACCCCUAUUUGGAUACUAUCUCCGUGAUUGGAACAUGUUCCAGUUAGCCAUAUCACUACCAUCUGUACUGUUCCUCAGUUAUUACUUUUUACUACCUGAAUCGCCAAGAUGGCUACUGACAGCUGGCAAAACUGAAGAAGCUGCAAAAAUCAUGAAGGUAGCUGCUAAAAGAAAUAAUCUACCUACAGACAGCAUACAAUCUACCACGCAAAAACUGGCAGUGGAAGUAUCAAAUAAGAAUGAAGAGCACGCAUCAUUCCUUGCCCUUUUCCGCACGCCAAGACUGCGCGCGCGCACUCUUGCAAUAUGCUUCAACUGGUUUGUGUGCGGCCUUUGUUUCUUCGGAGUCUCACAAUACAUCGGUCACGUAUCCGGGAAUAUCUUCACCAACGUCGCAAUAUCUGCUUCUAUACAGGUUCCCGGCACUUUGGUGUCCAUAUACGCGAACAAGAUUCUUGGAAGGAAAAUUACUUUAAUAAGUUCAAACUGUGUGACUGGCCUUAGUUGCCUCCUCAUUAUCAUAGUGCCCCAUUCAGGAGCGAGUCACCUUACCCUCGGAUGUAUUGGCCUGUGGGGCAUGAGUAUAUCUUUUGCUACCGUCUACUUGUAUGCCGGAGAAUUAUUCCCGACGGUAGUCAGGAAUUCAGGCGUAGGAUUGUCUUCCACUGUAGCCAGAAUUGGAUCAAUGAUUGCUCCAUUUGUUGCCACUUUAUCUCAUACAAGUGCUUGGCUGCCACCGUUAAUUUUCGGUGUUGUUCCAUUAGUCGGUGCUGGACUAUGCAUCAUCUUACCAGACACGCGUGGGAAGAAACUGCCAGACACCUUAGAAGAAGGAGAAGCGUAAACAAUACGACAACUAAAAUAAAAUGUUGAGUUUAGGAGGCUAUUAGAAUAAUAACUGAAAGUAUUCGUAUACCCAUUAUAGUAAGUACCUAGGCAAUAAUGUUUGUGUAGGCCACAUUAAGAUAUUGUUUGAGGCCAAUGAAUUGAUACUAGUGUUUUAACAAUGUGAGAAAGGACAUUGAAUAUAAUGAUAAUAUUGUAUAUGAACUGUAAAAUAUCUACAAUGAUGCUCUAUGUGUAUAGGCUGUGAUGAUUAUGAUAAAAUAAAACUAUCAUGUUAUAGAAACAUCUUUUAAUUUAUUUCUCAUCAAUGUAAAAUGGUCCCUUAGUUAUUUUAAGUAACUAUAUUAUUGCUUAUUAUCAUUAAUGUUUAACAUAAUCCUAACAUUAGUCAAGCUGUUCUCAAAAGAUAUAUUUAGGUAACAACAGACAGUAUUUAAUCUUAUUUACUUAUUUAAUUUAGGCAAAAACAUUUUUUUACUUCUCUACAAAAUAUAAAAAGACUCAGACAAAGUUGAAUUUUGAAUAGUUAAUAUUUUCCUUUCUAGACACUCUUAUAAAUAAAAUAAAACAGUACAUAGAUAAAGCGUAAUACAUUUUUAUGAUUGUUAGACUUGUAAUAUUUAAAUCAUCGAUAAGUUAUCUUGGUCUAAAGAAAGUUUAUUUAUCUUUUAUUUAGGCUGCGGGUAGACGUAUUUUAAAUUAUUAGUAGAAAUAAUUUUAUUAGUUCUUAUUUAAUUUCUAUGUGUCUUACAUAUAAUUAAAAAAUAAAUGGCUUUCUUUAAAAGUCACACAAUAUUAUAUCGCAAGGAUUUUACCUGGGUCCAAUUUUGUUCAUAAUGUAUUUUUCUUAAAUACUACCAAAAAUAUUGAAAUAUGUACUGUUAAUAUCUUUGAUUCCUAUGACAGCACUAUGUUUGUCGCUGUAUGUUUGACAUAAUAAUCAGGUAUGGCUUCUUGGACGCUACACUAUGAGGCUACUUAUUUGCCCUAAAGAUAGAUAAGGAAAAUGGUUUUUUUUUACCGUAAUAAAUUACGAUUAUACCUUAAGUUUGGAUGUCACAUAACGUAAGGCUUUUGUACUUAUUUUAUAAAACUGUGACGUAGCAAGAACCC